CUCCCCUCACCCUCGCUCUGACCCACAGCUCUUUCUGCUCGAAGUUCAUCACCAUCCUAAUCUACAAAUGCCUUCCUCCAUCAAAGUUCGAAAAUUGAAAUCUGCCCAUUUGAAGUCGAUCGAUUUCCUCCGAAGAAAUGCUCGUUUCGGCGCUUUUAACGUCGGUGGGAAUCAAUCUCGCCCUCUGUCUCUUGUUCUUCACUCUGUAUUCAGUACUCAAGAAGCAGCCCAGCAACGUCCGCGUCUAUUCGCCGCGCUCGUUGGCGGCCAAGGGGGCGUCGGAGGAGAGCAACGGGUUCAAUUUCGAGCGGCUGCUGCCGACGGCGGGCUGGGUGAGGAGGGCGUGGCAGCCCUCUGAGGACGAGUUUCUGUCCGUCACCAGCUUGGAUGCUGUCGUCUUCAUGCGCAUUUUUAUCUUCAGUUUGAGAGUGUUUGGGUUUGCUGGGAUUGUUGGGGUUUUGGUUCUGCUUCCGAUAAAUUUUCUGGGGGACCAGCUGAACCGGGAUUUGGAUAUUUCGGAUUUGCCCAGUACGUCAUUGGACUCCUUCAGUAUUUCGAAUGUGAAUGCCGGCUCGAAAUGGUUAUGGGUUCACUUCUGUGCAGCAUACAUUGUCACCGGAUUUGUCUGUUAUCUCCUUUAUUAUGAGUAUAGCUAUAUCUCAUCGAAAAGAAUUGCUCAUUUCUAUUCAUCCAAACCUCAGCCUAAUCAGUUUACGGUAGUAGUUCGUUCUGUUCCUGUAUCAUCUGGGAGCAGCUGCAGUGAGACUGUUGAGAGUUUUUUUACAGAGAAUUAUCCUUCUACUUAUCUUUCACAUUCAGUGGUUCGUCGAACUAACAAACUCCAAGGGCUCACAAGUGAGGCAGGGAAACUAUACAGAAAGCUUAUGCGCCUGAGAUCAGAAACUAAUACUCAGCAAAGAUUCAAGCGUGAUGGCUGUUGGGGGCUGUUUGGACGCAAAGUUGAUGCUUUAGACUACUAUGGAAAGAAAUUGGAUGAUUUAGAAGAUAAUGUGAGAAUGGAGCAAACGUCAGUGGCAGGAAAGGACGUUGCAGCUGCCUUUGUGUCAUUCAAGUCCCGGCUUGGUGCUGCAGUAGCUUUUCACAUUCAGCAAGGAGAAAAUCCCAUAGAAUGGGUUACCGAGAGGUCUCCGGAGCCCCAGGAUGUUCACUGGCCCUUCUUUUCUGCAUCUUUUAUAAAAAGAUGGAUCUCCAAGCUGGUGGUGGUGGUUGCAUAUACUGCUCUUACAGUUCUAUUCCUCAUUCCAGUUGUAGUAGUGCAAGGCCUUACCAAUCUUAAUCAGUUGGAAACCUGGUUCCCGUUUCUGACAAGCGUACUGGACCUAACAGUUGUCAGUGCAGUCAUAACAGGAUAUCUUCCAAGUCUUAUUCUUCAAUUGUUCAUGUCGUUUGUGCCACCCGUCAUGAUAAUGUUGUCUUCCUUGGAAGGAUACAUCUCUUUCAGUCAGAUACAAAAAAGUGCAUGCAGCAAGAUGUUGGGGUUCACAAUAUGGAAUGUUUUCUUGGCAAAUACACUAUCAGGAACACUUCUCUAUGGGUUCGAAAUCUUUCUUGAGCCCAAAAAGAUUCCGGGGAUACUUGCUGAUGCUGUUCCAGCACAGGCAUCAUUCUUCAUUGCAUAUGUUGUGACAUCUGGAUGGACCAGCCUUCUAUCUUCAGAACUCUUCCGCGUGACUCGCCUGAUUUUGAGCAUCAUAAAGAGACCAUUUUCAGGAAAAGAUGAUGAAUUUGAAGCUCCUUCAAUUCCAUACCACAGUGCAAUUCCUAAAGUUCUCUUUUUUGGACUCCUCGGAUUAACAUACUUCUUCCUCGCUCCACUAAUUCUCCCGUUCCUCGUGGUUUACUGUUGCCUGGGAUACAUAAUCUUCCGUAACCAGUUUCUGAAUGUAUAUGAACCCAAGUAUGAAACGGGUGGAAGAUUUUGGCCAACGGUGCACAAUUCAACAAUUUUUUCCUUGGUGCUGAUGCACAUUAUUGCAAUUGGAAUGUUUGGGCUCAAAGAGAUCCCCUUAGCGGCCGGUUUGAUUAUUCCUCUUCCGAUUCUCACGCUUCUUUUCAAUGAGUACUGCCGCAAACGAUUCCUUCCAAUAUUCCAAGACUAUCCAGCUGAGUGUUUGAUAAAGAAAGAUAGAGAAGACGAGAAGGAUCCCACAAUCUCUGCAUUUUAUGAAAAGUUAACCACUGCUUACAGGGAUCCAGCUCUGUUGCCAAUGCAGCAUCCGCGGAGCACUGAUGGAUACAGGUCUCCCCUUCUUCAAUCCGUCGUCUGAAGCAAGCUUACCUGUCUCUACGAAAAUAAAAAACGAAGAACGAAACAGCUUUUGCCGCGAAUACAGGGACAGAAGUUUUGGCUAAAAGUGUAGGUAAGAUUGUGUGUGGUGAGUCUGUAUUUUCAUGUAAAAUGUGACGAGUGUGAUCUUUCAGUUAGGCUUGUAAACCAUGUGAAUUUUUUGGAGAAGCACCUCUCGUCUAUAAGUGAUCCUGGCUUUCCAAAAUCACUUCCAAACAAACCCUUGAUUUCGAGAAGUAGAGUUGUAUGGUAAACAUUUAUUGCUAUCGUAAUGAUUGUCGUUGUAAUAUUAGUAACCUUUCACAUCUUUAUUGAUAUAUGCGGUUUGAAUAACGUGUAUUUUCAUGCAUAAAUAUUUGUGUUGAAUGAUAUUCCAAUUCUUA